CUAAAAGUCGCAAUAUAUAGUAUUAUUUUUUUUUUUUUUGCAAACAUAUUUAAUUCUCGUGCGGGUUAUAAAUACGUGCAUCGUCGCUCUAAGUGCGGCAGGCGAUAUAAUAUUAAUGUUCGUUUAAAUGCACGUCCGCGAACCCAAUGGAGGGUCCCGUAUGAAUUGUGUCCCCUGUCUUCAUUGCAAAAACCUGUACGUUCCUAGUACCUAGAUAGUACACACACACAACAUCAUCCACAUCUCAAGAAUUCCCCCAGGGCCAAAUCCGCGUCCAUGCACUCUACUCUCUCGAAUAAUAUCUGGGAAAGAAAAAGUAAACGAGGCAUUAAAAAAAACAAUUUUUUUUUAAACAUGGUCAAGGACGUCCGGUAUUAAGGCCCAUCCUACAGAAAGCCGCGUUCACCUCGUUGACGUCAUUUUCACUAGCAUCAGGCGUGGUGCGAUAAACAGGUAUACAUCAUCAUAAUAUUAAUUACGAGCAAUAUAAUGUAGAGAUAAGGAGAUGUGUCAUUCAAGUAAUGUUGUGUUUGUGUUGAAUGGACUGACCACCGAUCGCCUGCAUUGCAGUGUUUAUUAUUUAGCCUAUAUAAUCAGGUAGAGCGUUUUUGAACAAUAUGCUAUUAUUGGAAUGAUAAUUAUUUUGGUCAUGCAAUCAAUACGAGUAUAUCAUCCCGAUUGAUACUUAAGUUAUAUAGGGACAUCAACAAUAUGUCGUUUUUAAGUGGUCUCAAAAAAGUGCUUCACCUGGGAAACAAUGAAGCGAAAAAGAAAAAAGUGUUUAAUAACAUUCACAUGGAAUGUGAUGUUGAUGAAUUUUGGGAAAUGAUAGGUGAAUUAGGAGAUGGAGCAUUUGGAAAAGUUUAUAAGGCUCAACACCGUGAAACUGGACAUUUAGCAGCUGCUAAAAUGUGCACUUUAGAGGGUGAAGAUGAUCUAGCUGAUUUUAUGAUUGAAAUAGAUAUUUUAUCAGAAUGUAAACAUCCCAACAUUGUUCAAUUACACGAAGCAUAUUUUGUUAACUCAAAACUAUGGAUGCUAAUUGAGUAUUGCGAUGGAGGCGCGUUAGAUUCAAUCAUGGUUGAGUUAGACCGUGCAUUAAUUGAAGAACAAAUAGCUUAUGUUUGCAAGUAUAUGUGUGAAGCGCUAUCUUUUCUUCAUAAAUGUAAAAUUAUCCAUCGUGAUCUUAAAGCAGGAAAUGUACUACUAACAACAGAUGCUGGAGUAAAAAUAGCUGAUUUUGGAGUUUCUGCCAAAAAUAAACAGACACUUCAAAAGCAUGAUACAUUCAUAGGAACACCUUAUUGGAUGGCUCCAGAAGUUGUUUUGUGUGAAACGUUUAGAGACAAUCCUUAUGACUUUAAAGUGGAUAUUUGGUCAUUGGGCAUAACUCUUAUAGAACUAGCCCAAAUGGAACCACCAAAUCAUGAAAUGUCUCCCAUGAGGGUUUUGCUCAAAAUACAAAAGUCUGAUCCACCCAAAUUGGAACAACCUUCUAAGUGGUCAAAAAAUUUUAAUGAUUUCAUUGCCCAAGCACUUAUUAAGGAUCCAGCUCAAAGACCAACUGCUGAUAAUCUUCUUAAACAUCCAUUUGUGAAUGGAAAUUUAGAUCCAAAACCAAUUCGAGAUUUAUUACUCGAAUAUAAAGCAGAAGUUGUCGAAGAAGAAGUUGUAGACGAAGAACCGGAGGAAUUGCCUCAAUCUACUCAGUUACCACCCCUGGAUUUGGAUGUAGUCGAAGAUGAUACUGUAUCCCUUAAAAGUGAACCUGAAAAUAAAGAUAUUAGGGAAGAAAAAGCAGAAGUACCUAAAAAACGUGAAAUGGAUGAACAAUCAUCAGACAACAAAAAAAUUAAAAAAGAUGAAGAGCUAUUCACUGAAAACAGUGUAUCACAAGUUCCUCUUCCUCCUAAAGAAGUAUCAUCAAAGAAAAAUAUGAUUAAAAAACAUUCUGAACACAAAGGACCUGCGCCACCACCUCCUCCUCUACCACAACCAGUUGUCAAGCUGACCAAUAGUGAUGUGCCAUCAGAGGAUACAACUAUUCUAUUAAAACUUGAAGACCCAGAUUCAAAAGAAAAAACUACAUUAAAUACUGAAUCAAAAGAUCACGAGUUAUUAAAAUCGAAAAAUAUUGAAUGUUCAGAAAUUAAUGAUUCUAUUAAUAACAAUUCAGAUUCUGUACAACAGACAUGUAAUACUGAUGAUAACAAACCUAUAUCUGAUCAACUAGUUCAGCUGCGGAAACAUGAUGUACCUAGUCCUAGACCUGUUUCUAUAGCUUCCAGUUCUGUAAAUGGUUCUAUUUCAACCACUAUGGAAGAUUCUCAAGUUAGAACUAGGAGAAGAAGUUCAUCUGCGACUAAUCGUAAUCAAAGAAGGCCUUCACCUCCUUCACUCGAUAAAGUCUUGCAAAUGAAUCAAAAUGUUGAAAAAGAUAAAAUAAAGAUGCCUUCAGCUGUCAUGAAUGAACUAAGUGACCGACUGCAAAACAAUCAAAAUGAGACUGACCCUCAAAAUAAUGUUGACCAAUGUGACAAUACCAAUAAUGGAGGAACUUUAGUAAGAGUUGGAUCUUCAUCUGCCAUUGAUUCAAAUGUUACAGUUGUUACUACAACACAUCCUCCAGUUCUACAAACACAUCCUCCAGUUUCACAAACGCAUCCUCCGGGUCUUCACACCCAAGUUAUUAUAGUUGCCGAUGGUAGUACAAAAUCACAGGUCGAGAAAACUGACGAAGUUGUGGUUAUAAAUUCUUCGCAAAUCGAUGUAGAAGAAUUAGAUGCUAGCCAUGUUUCUGUUAUAACUGUUGGAGAAGAACCCCAUGCUAAAGAAGCUGAUUUAUGGAAAAAUAAAAUUGAUCCAGAAGUGCCUAAGCCCAUAAGAGUGCCCAUAAAUAGUGUUCCAGAAUCUAACAAACUAAAGAUGAAUGGACGCAAGCCUGUGGUGAAGUCUUCUAAUGAACCUUCUGAAGUAUAUAUUGUCGUUAAUAACUCGACAAAUGUACAUAAAUUGGCGAAAAAUUUGUCUGAGGAAAUCAUAUCUAACAAUAAACAUCAUGUUUCCCCAACACGUUCUACUUCGUAUUCGCAUUCAGAUAGUGGCUCAGCAUACAGUAGUGGUGGUCAGCGGACGCCACCUUCUGCUGCUAGUACUCGUACAUUUGACCGUUCAGAUGCCGAAAGUGUAUCUACAACAAUUAGUCAGGAUAGUCGCAGUAGUAAUAAAGAAAACAGUCUGCCUCCUCGAGAAUACGAAGAAGAAAUUAUACUGCGUAAAAAACCUGAAUAUAGCAGGGAAAUUAAAAGGACUAGUAGAAAUAUAAGUAAAGAAGAGUUGGAAAUAAGAAACAUGAAAAAGAAAACUAGAAAAAGGACUAGAAAAUUUGAAGUAGAUGGUGUUGUAGUAACAACAACUACUAGUAAAGUGAUAUAUGGGGAUGAAGAUUCUAGUCAUGGUUAUAAUGAUCAGAUAUUUAGAAAACAAGAACUGAGAGAACUUAAAAUGCUUCAAAAACAAGAGCAAAAACAAUUUCAAGAUCUAUCGUGUAAAGCAGCCAUAUCUAAAGAACAACAAGAUAAAAAAUUUGAACAAGAAAGGACGGCAUUAAUAAAACAGUAUGAAGCCGAUUUAGAUGCAAUGGUUAAACAACAACGCCAAGCAGUAGAAAGAGCUGAAACGCAGCAGGAAGUUGAUUUACGAAUGACUUCUAAGAAGAUUCGAUUGGAACAAGAACGUGAACUAAAAGAAUUUAGGGAAGGUUUAAAACAAGAAUUACGUCUAUUAAAACAGGAAGUUGAUUUAAAACCAAAAGAAAGGCGAAAAAAUUUGUUUAAAGACAAAAAAGAGAAGUUAGAGACUGAACACGAAGAAAGAGAAAAAUUGUUCCUCGAAAAACUUAAUGAGAAUCAUGAAAGUUCCUUAAGCAGACUGAGUGAUGCCCAUCAAGAAAAAAUUGCACUUAUGGAACGACAAUAUUUACAACAAAAACAACAAUUGAUGAGAGCUAGGGAAGCUGCUUUAUGGGAAAUGGAAGAACGACAAAUCCAUGAAAAACAACAGCUAGCCAAAAGACAACUUAAAGAUGGAUUUUUCUUACAAAGGCAUCAGAUGUUGAUAAGACAUGAAAAGGAGUUAGAACAAAUGAAGCGAAUGAAUCUACGCAAAGAUGAAGAAAUGCAAAAAAAAUUGGGAGUUGAAAAAAGAUCUUUGCCAAAACGUAUACGUUCAGAGAUGAAAGCUCGUGAAAUGAUGUUCCGCGAAUCCGUACGUAUUAGUAUGGCAACAAAUCCACACCCUGAUCCCGAAUAUGAGCGUAAUCGUCUCAAGAAGUUCCAAGAAAACGAAAAGAAAAGAUAUCGUGCAGAAACCCUUGCAUUUGAAAUGAAACAACAGAGACAAUUAGAAGAACUUAGAAUUGCAAAUGAUACUACCAUUAGGGAGCUUGAACAACUCCAAAAUGAAAAACGUAAAAUGCUCAUGGAGCAUGAAACAACAAAACUAAAAGAGCAAGAAGAAUUGUAUGCUCGUGAGUUGAGGGAAUGGAAAGCUCAUCUUAAACCUAGAAAACAGAACCUUGAGAUGGAGCUAACGAGACAAGCCAAAGGGAGCCUAUGGACCAAUCGCUAUUCGUUGCCUCCAUCCCCCGCUACUACAUUGCUCAGACGCGAGUAUUCGUUUUCAUCACUUGCUUCGAGUUCUCAAUUGACCAACACCUCAUUUCGUUCCUUAGGUUCUGGCUUCCUUCCCAGGCGUUGUAUCAAUGAAAUUCCUAACAAAUCGUUAAAUCAGUCCACUAUGUAAUGUUUUGUGUAAUAUUUUGUCGUGCAUUAAUCGGAACAAGGGCAUUUGAUUAUUACAAAGUAUAGUAAUUUGUACUAUAAUGUAGUAACAUAAUAUAGCCAAAUAGUUUACAAUUAAAUAAUUUUAUAUCAAGAUGUCUGUUAUUUUUUUUCAAUUCUAAUGUAUGUUGUCACUGUGCAAAUGAUGCAUCAUUUUUCAUUUAAAACUCAAACCCACUAGUAUGUAAGGUAACCUAACUAG